AUGGACACGGAAACCCUUCUACCGCUGCUUGAACAGCUGGAUGAUCAUGUGGACGACCUCGAGGAGGUUCUCCAGCCGUUUUUGGGCCAUUCAUUGUCCAAGUCAUCGAAGAAUCUGCCGUUGAUGGAUAAGGCAAAACUCCAUGUCUUGAUCACCUACACAUUGGAGUCGCUGAUUUUCUCCUAUCUGCGACUCCAUGGCACGGAUGCCAAACAACAUCCCGUCUUCAGGGAACUAACGCGCGUGAGGCAGUACUUUGAAAAGAUCAAGGCACUGGAGACUGAGCCCGAACAACGCCCCAUGACACUGGACAAGGAGGCAGCAGGGCGAUUUAUCAAGCAUGGUCUGGUAGGGACUCCCCGGAAACUUACACUCACUACGGCUACCGAGCUGAACAACAGGCGAGAGAGAAAGCGCGCUGAAAUUAGAGCAGCGAUGCUUGCUAAGAAGAGCGCUGCAGCCUCGCAGGGCCAUCCUACUCCAGCCCAGAACGUUUCGAGCGCCGGCGUCUCAGAUGACGAUGCUGAUUCCGAUGAGGAGGUUUCAAGAGACCCUAAAUCAUAUUCUCAGGAUGAUUCCGCCCAGCCCCAAAAGCCCGAGAAAAAAGAGAAAAAUAAAGCCAAGGAAGAGAAGACAAAGGCCCGAAGUAAAGACGCCAAGGCCGCCAAAAAGCAGAGAAAACAUGACAAGUCGGGACGAAAAGAAGAGAAAAAAGAGAGGAGGAAGAAGAAAGAGGAGACACGAAAGGCUAGAAAGGCCAACUGA